UUUACUUUGCCCUUUGCGGGAGAUGAGAUUCAGCCUCCUGAAACCCGCUGCGAGACGACCAGGGCCGUGGGAGGAAACUCUGUGAGCACGCUGAAAUCGACUGAAUUGAGGAUUAUCUGCGGGUCAUGGACGGUUUCGUGUAGUGGAGUUUUCUGUGCGGGUUCCCGGGUUGUGCGCCUGCUGCAGAGUUGACCGCGCAGUGCGACUCCAGGCGGCUCUGAAGGAAACCAUAUCUGGUCAAAGUAUUCGUUGCUGUCACCCAGCGGGACCGGUCGGCUAUAAAUAGCGCUGGAGGAGGUUCCUCUCUUUCCCAGGAGCGCUACGGGCACUUGGCUGCCUUUGCUGUCACUUUACCCCUAAAGUGGGGGUCGUUGAGAUAUACAUUUUCUUCUCAAAGCCCAGGGUCUUGCAGGAUCCUGAUCUCCUACAUCUUGUCUCUCGUCUCAAGGGGUUAUUGAGGUGUGCUGUCCAUCAUGUCGGUGAUGAGGAAGGAGAUGGAGAAGUACAGGGACAUAGACGAGGACGAGCUGCUGAAGAAGCUGUCGGAGGAAGAGCUGCAGCGAUUAGAGGAUGAAUUAGAGGAGCUGGAUCCUGAUAAUGCAUUGUUGCCAGCUGGGAUGCGACAGAAGGACCAGACAAAGAAAGCUCCGACAGGAACGUUUCAGAGAGACAACCUGCUGGCACACCUGGAGAAACAGGCAAAAGAACAUCCUGAACAAGAAGACUUGGUGCCCUUCACAGGGGAGAAGAGAGGGAAAGCCUGGGUGCCCAAAAAGAGGGUGGAUCCCAUCAUAGAGAGUGUGACUCUGGAGCCGGAGCUAGAAGAAGCCCUGGCUAGUGCCUCUGAUGCUGAACUGUGUGAUAUCGCAGCCAUCCUGGGUAUGCACACCCUGAUGAGUAACCAGCAGUACUAUGAAGCCCUGGCCAGCAGCACCAUAGUCAACAAGCAAGGCCUGAACAGUGUGAUCCAGUGCACCCAGUAUAAACCAGUCCCAGACGAAGAGCCCAACUCCACUGACGUAGAAGAGACCCUGUUGAGAAUAAAGAGGAAUGACCCUGACCUGGUUGAAGUCAACCUCAACAACAUCAGGAACAUCCCCAUCAAGACUCUGAAGGCGUAUGCUGAGGCUCUGAUGAAGAACACUGUGGUGGAGAGGUUUAGUAUUGUAGGAACCAGGAGCAACGACCCUGUAGCAUUUGCACUGGCAGAGAUGUUGAAGGUGAACACGAUGCUGAAGAGUCUGAACGUAGAGUCCAACUUCAUUACAGGGAUGGGAAUCAUGUCCCUGAUAGAGUCACUGCAAAGUAACACCACACUACAGGAACUCAAGAUUGACAAUCAGAGCCAGCCUUUAGGCAACAAGGUGGAGAUGGAGAUAGCCAGCAUGCUAGAGAAAAACACCACGCUGUUGAAGUUUGGAUAUCAUUUCACCCAGCAGGGCCCGCGCCUCCGAGGCUCCAAUGCCAUGAUGAACAACAACGACCUGGCCCGGGUCGUCAGGUCAGAGUCGGACGGCUCCUUCACCCUCACUCUGUCUGUCCCUGAGCUGGAGAGGGCCUUCGGGAAAAAGUUCAAGUCCAAGACUAAUAAGAAAGAGAAGGCUUGAGGGAGGACCCAUCUUCCCCAAGUGUCGGACGAAUGUGUAGAAACCAGGGCUACCCUCAACCCUCUGCUCCCUUUCGACCUCUGCCAUCUUUCCAAACCCUGUCUCGUCACCCUCUUCAGCCUCACAGCCUCCGAUGGCCCACACAAAAGACCAUGCCCACCAUUGUCAGAUUCAGAGGCGAUCUCUGAACUCUUUCUACCUUCCAGACUCGUUUUUUUAGUAGAUAUUAAAGGAUCCAAUGGCAUUACUAAGCAGUGUCCUGAGCUUCCAGUGCAUGUAUAAGGUGAGAUAGCGUGCUUAUUUUUUGUGCACUACAGUUUGAAUUUUAAGGGUUGUUUUGGGCUCCAGGCUUGAACAUUUGCUGUAGAACUUUGUACAAACUAACCAGACAAGCUUACUUUGUCAUCAUGAAUCCUUUGGUAUCUCCUCUAGUGUCUAGAUUCCUUAAUAAGAGGGGGCUAGAGGUCUGAUUUUCAAUGAGGACCCAUUGAAAAGUGACAGGACACUUUUAGCAAUCCCUUUUUCUGUUGAUGAGUUGAAUGAAUUCUAAUUAUCAUUAUUAUUAUUAUUAUUAUUAUGCUGUAAAUGAGUUGUGCUGUCAAUACUGUUGUUCCAAAAAGUUUCUGAUGUUGCUCUAAGGUCGACAUACAAGGUAUUUUCUAAUAAUUAUACACAAAAGCCACUGUCCCAUUUAAAUUUUAUAGAGCUAAAACCUGUCCUUUUUUCCUGUUCAGUCUAAACAGUAUUUAAGUGACUCACACUCCGCAGAUACUAAGCUAUACAGAUUCUUCAGUAAUGGACAGAUAGAUUUAUAAACCUGGCUACUGUGAGAUUUGUCGCUAUAUAUAUAUAGAAUAUAUUUAUUUGUGACAGACCCGGGAAAGAGUCCUAAGUCAUUCAAAUACUUGACAUUACUUGGAUUGAUUGUGCUGGAUAGUGCACUAUCGUGUAAAAAUGCUUUUGUAAAUGAAAAUGUACACUCUACAUUGUUACAUCAUCCAGCAUUCAUAUUACCGGUCCCUGCAGAGCAUUGCUGCCAGCUGGGAAUGGGAACUGUAAUUCAGGUUUUAUUUAGAUAUGCUACGAACCCACUGUAAAAUACCCUACCAACACCAUCUUGUUAUAUAGAAUUUAUUGUCUACAGUACUAUAAUAACCCAAUGUUACUGCAAGUAUUCGAAUGUACUUCUGUUACACUUUCAACCAGGUCUUGUUUGUCGAUUGUUUGUGUUUGUUUAUUUUUAUUUACUGGAGCUAAAUUGUGUGGUUUAAUAUGAAAUGGGUGGUACUGUUGACUUACUGUGUAUUACAGGUUUCACAUUAAUGCCUCAAUCCAGGUCUGGAGUAUUUCAGUAAUGCGUGGUAGACACAGAUUUAGAAACGCAGGAAACCUCUAACGUGUUUUCAGCUGUCAUAUUACAUAGAUUCAUUUUACAGAAUUAAAACAAAUGUUAACAGACUCUUUGCAGUUUCAAAAUACUUGUUAGCUGUGACGGGUCUUAAAUCAGAUGAAUCAAUCCAUCGCUGAACAUCUGAAAUAUCACACUCUGAUCCUGGAUUGAUCGUUUCAGAGUUCAUAAUGUUCCUUUCAUCAAGGGCAAAACAUGACCUGUUUACCUCCAACUCUCAUGUUGGUAAUGAUAAACACUGCUGUAUAUUGUGCAGCACUUUCUUCUAACUUUAAAUUUAACAGCACAGUGAGAAAAAGAAGGCUUAGCUGCUAUCUUACCAGGAACUAGAGCUAAUAUGUUGCUGUCUGGAAAUAAAACAGCUCCAGUAAAAAAUGACAGGAAAUGGUCUGCACUCUUGUUUCUGUGUAAUGGCUCAAGAUGAAAUGGGUCAGUAAUUCCUGCUUAAAGAAACUAUUUAAACUACCAGCUGCAGACUCAAAAGUAAAACUGACCCUCGUGUACCAUCCAUGUUUCCUUGAUGUCAACAACAGUGCCCAAUACUGACGCUCAGAGGUCAAAAUGACUGCAUGUUUAAGGGUUAGAUAACUCAUUUAAUGUUAUUUAAUAUCACUGCUUCGUUACUUUGUCGUCAGUGCCGUGGGUGUUGUUCAACACAUGGUAAUUAUGGAUGUAAACAUUUCUAAAACAGGAAGUAAUUGAGUGCUAAAGGUAAAAGAGGAUGAGGACUCCUGCCACUCAGUCUUCCUGUGUCCUGGUCUUUUCUCCUGUCUCGUGUUUUCUGAUAUUUUAGUGCUUGACUCUGUUUUGUUAGAUAGUUCACCUAUUUUGGUUGAAUUUUUGUUUAUGAAAUAAAUAAAGCUUGAAAACAA